GUGGACAUUAAGCGACGGGUUGCUUGUUGCCGCUCAAAGAGAAAAAUAAAAUCAACACAAUACAUAAAUGCAUGCAUACAUACGCAGGCCGGUACAAUCACACUUAGACAUUAUCCAGAUAUCGCCUGUUUAUAAAGCUCGCCCAACAAAUCGUCCAUUCCAUCCAUGUGACCAGUAUUGCCAAAUGAACUAGCACUCGUGGUCGGAAUCAAUGCCAGCGCUGCGAACGCCAGUGCCUAUAUAUACAGCGUAUCGGAAACAUCAGCCACAGCGUCGCAAUUGCCUGACUUUGCAUUUGUGCUGCAGCAGGACCAGGAGCAUGAGUUUGUAGAAAUGGCACGAUUUAGCAAAUCAAAAUUGUCCAAUUUGACGGCCAUACGCUGGGCGCAUGCCGUUAAUAGCCAACAAUUGCUCGAUGCGGCCUUGAAAGCCGACAUUGAUAUGAUCGAAGCGGAUAUUGUGCUGGGUACUCUGAAUGGCGUAGGCGAGGAGUUACCAGUUAUGGCGCAUCCGCCAGCAAAUGAUUCAGAUCUCACACUUGCCGAUUUUUUGAAUCAAAUCAAGCAAUAUAACGAACAGACUGAAGGAGCCCAAAAGGGGGUGAAAUUGGACUUCAAGUCGAUUGAGGUGUUUGAAGGUUCACUGCAAAUACUCGACGAGUCCAUACCGAUGAUGAGCUAUCCGAUUUUUAUGAAUGCUGACAUAAUAAGCGGUCCGGUGGAGCAGAACAAGACUGUGCCGGUAGAUCCGGCGCGCUUUUUUGCCGGCUGCAUGCGUUAUAAACAGUCCGUGCUCUCGAUUGGAUGGACCACCAACUGGAGUGGCGAUCAUCGCGAGGGUUCCUACACUCAAGCACAAUGUGACGAGAUGCUGGAGGCCAUCCGUUGGAAUAAUGUGCUGUCUACGGGCCAGGCAAUUACUUUCCCAGUACGUGCAGGUAUAGCGGCUAAUAGCGAAGAGCAGCUUCAUCAGUUGGUCGCCGCGGUAAAUGGGACAAAUGAGAGCACCCUUACAAUUUGGUCCUCGGAGGGUGAUUAUGUGGAUGUGGCGCAGCUACGAAAGCUAAUCUUUAGCUUUGGGGUGGAUCGCGUUUAUUUGGAUGUGCCCGAAGCUCUGGCUUCGCAGUUGGAUCUGGGCAAGCAUGAGGGAGGAGGCAGUGCGGCAACUUUCGCAUCGCUUAUGAGCUUCAGCUUUAUCAGCAUAUGCUUCUGGGCCUUCUCCAGCUGGCUGCAGCGUAGUAUGUAAUUAGUCCUAAACAGUUCUACCGAUUGAUUGUACUCUGGUUAUAGAUUUUUUAUAAAUAUGUAUUAUUUGUAUCACUUCAUUGAAAUCGACGCGUAUAAAAAGAACUUAAUUAUACUCAUUACAAA